GGCUGCAGCCAAAGGGAAGGCGGAAGUGACGGCCGGUUCGCAGCCACCGGCAGCUGCUGCGAGGGUGAAGCCAGAGCCGACUGCCUUUCUGGAGCAGUUCUUCAUUCUCAGGUGUCACCGAGAGCUCAGCACCAAGGCUGAGCUAUACCAUUUAGAAGAAUGGAAGCGAAUGCAUCUGUAGACAUGUUUUCAAAAGUCCUGGAAAAUCAGUUGCUUCAGACUACGAAACUAGUAGAAGAACAUUUGGAUUCUGAAAUUCAGAAACUGGAUCAGAUGGACGAAGAUGAAUUGGAACGCCUCAAAGAAAAGAGACUUGAGGCACUAAGGAAAGCUCAACAGCAGAAACAAGAAUGGCUUUCAAAAGGACAUGGGGAAUACAGAGAAAUCCCUAGUGAGAGAGACUUUUUUCAAGAAGUCAAGGAGAGUAAAAAAGUGGUUUGCCAUUUCUACAGAGACACCACAUUCAGGUGUAAAAUAUUAGACCGACACUUGGUGAUACUGUCUAAGAAACAUCUUGAGACCAAAUUUCUGAAGCUGAAUGUGGAAAAAGCACCUUUCCUUUGUGAGAGACUGCGUAUCAAAGUCAUUCCCACACUAGCACUGGUAAAAGAUGGGAAAACACAAGAUUAUGUUGUUGGAUUUACUGACUUAGGAAAUACAGAUGACUUCACCACAGAAACUUUAGAAUGGAGGCUGGGUUGUUCUGAUAUUCUCAAUUACAGUGGAAAUUUAAUGGAGCCACCAUUUCAGAGCCAAAAGAAAUUUGGAACAAACUUCACAAAGCUGGAAAAGAAAACUAUCCGAGGGAAGAAAUAUGAUUCAGACUCUGAUGAUGAUUAGAAAUUAGCUAUAAUUCUUCAUAAAUUGUCUUUAUUUCUGCUUACUUCAGAAUUAGAUGUGUUUUCUAAAUCCCGUUGGUUUUGAUACAUUGGUCAUCUGAUGGUCAUGUUCUAAAGUUUUGUACAGUUUCAUCACAUUGAAAGACAUCUUCAAUAUUUUCUGUGUGGCACUCAUGUUUAAGUUGAGGAAAACUUCUGAGUUCUUAAAUUAUCCAGCAAGGGUCUGGAUUCUCUAUUUUUGAGAUUGAUUUUAUCAGAAUAUGAUUCUUACGUCUUUAUAUCAUUCACAAUUGUGUUUUUAAUCUACUGGAUUGGAAAUAGGAAUUCAGCAAACUAUUCCAGGACUAAUUCUUACACAGCGUUAUUUACUUUAUACAACAGGUCAAACAGCAUUUACUGGUGUAAAAGACUCACUUGUAAAUGAAUUAUAAACACUCCUUACUUCUGGAAUAUAUUUAACUAUUAAAGAACUGCCUAUUUAUUCUGUA